UGAAAAAAAUUUGUCAGAACACCGGCGCAAGAUGGCCACCAGUAACUUGUGCUGCCGACUAUUGCCUAUAGAAAUCUGGCCUAAUUAAUGUAAUAUCUAUGGUGCGACGCUACAUUCUGUGUUCGAUUAGUAAUUCCUUGUCGCUCUCCGGCUGUCUGUUGUCAUUUUCCAGGCCCAGCUGCAUACUUUGAUCCAGCAGGAUGUUAGGAUGGAGUGUGGCCCAUUGCUGCCAGACAUUCUGGUGUUGGAGAUUUUCCUGCAUCUGCCCCACGAUGCCGUGCUGAGAGCGGGCCUCACCUGCCGCCAGUGGCUGGCUGUAUCCAGGGAUGAGUUCCUAUGGAGGGAGCUUUUCUACUCCUACUAUCGCAUCCCUCGCGCUGUACCCCGACACCCAGCGGCCGUGUCUUGGUACAAGGAGUUCAGGCGUCUCUUUGACUGCAUCCCGUGUGUUGAGGUUCAAACGUUGAGGGAGCACAGUGACCAGGUGCUCCAUUUAGCCUUUUCCCACCGGGGACACCGCUUCUCUUCGUGCUCCAAAGACUGCACUGUCAAGCUUUGGGACACGGAACGGAGCGAUGGCAACAUCUCGCUGGUGCACAGCUCCAGCAUGCGGCAGUUCAACUGGGGCUACACGCAGUUUUCCCAGUUCAAUGCUGACGAUAGCCUCCUGCUGGUGUCCGGCGUCUACUUGGGUCCGCACCACUCCUGCUCGGGGGAGAUCGCCGUCCUCAGUCUGGAAAACUACACCCUACUGUCACGGGUGAGGAACAAGCCGUACGACGUGUUCGGCUGCUGGCUCAAUGAGACCCAUUUGAUCUCUGGCAACCUGCACUGGAUCGGAAACAUGACGUCCUGCUCUGUGCUCUGGCUCAAUAAAGCCUUCCAGGAUAUCGAGUCUGAGAACGUCAACGUGGUGAAGCGCCUUUUUAAGAUCCAGAACAUCAACGCCAGCACCAUCCGCACCGUCAUGGUGGCCCACUGCCGGCGUCACGACAACCCCGACCUGCUGCUGGACUACGACGCUCAGUCUCAGGCCCGCAGGCAGAAAGGCCUACAGCAGGAGCCGCACCAGCCGCUACUGUUCGACUUGGGAACGUCCGAUAGCGAAGAUGAAGACGAAGGGGACGCGGCUGGCCCGAAAGACUGCAGGUGUCACGGCUCGCCCGCCGUCUCCAGCCUGGAGCAUUUGAAACAGACUGGUAAGAAUUUGGAGCCCAGCCAGGUGGCCGUUGAGAGACAAGUGGCUCAGAUGAUGGGCCGGACUCACACCAAAGCACCAGAUUCCGAUAUAAUGGAGACCUCAGAGCUCGGCGACGGAGAGGACAAGACUUACUUAUUGUUUACCACCGGCAGCCUUACAUACUCUCCUCACCAGAUAGGCAUUAAGAGGAUCAAGCCGGACCAGAUGACUACCUGCGGACCCGUGCUCGGAGAAGAACGCAGCACCGAGGAGUUCUUCGACUCGCUGGACCAUGUCAUCGAUAUCCACGGGCACAUCAUUGGGAUGGGUCUCUCUCCAGACAACCGGUACCUCUACGUGAACAGUCGGGCGUGGCCCGCGGGCUGCGUGAUUUCUGACCCUAUGUCUCCGCCCCCCAUCGCCGAGGAGAUUGACCUUCACGUGAUUGACCUUAAGAGUUUGAGGGAGGAGCGACGUAGCCUCCGAGCCCACAGAGCCUUCACGCCCAACGACGAGUGCUUCUUCAUCUUCCUCGACGUCAGCAGAGACUUUGUUGCCAGCGGCGCAGAGGACAAGCACGGCUACAUCUGGGACCGCCACUACAAUAUCUGCUUGGCGCGGCUGGCCCACGACGACGUGGUCAACUCGGUGGCCUUCAGCCCCGCCGACCAGGAGCUGCUGCUGUCGGCCAGCGACGACGCCACCGUCAAGGUGUGGCGGUCCCCUCGAGCCGUACGUAUGGCGCGCGACGCCGCUCGGACCCGCCGCCGUCCCGGCCUCCUGUCCUCCUGGCUCCACCGCGGCCGGACCCUCAACGGCAAGCUUUGACGGAGGUCGAGUCGGCUCGUCGUUGUUUCCUAAACACAGCACGCAGACUGUCGCGAGACGUUGUUUGUUUGUUUUACAGAAAAAGGACAUGUUGGCCUUUUUCAUUUUUUUAACAUCACAUACCUAUGGAGCCUCAAACAUGACAUGGCAAGGAAAAUACACUGUGGACGCAUUUCUAUUCAACCAAAGUGAUUCGAUGUGGCCAUAAAAUGUCUUUUUAAUGCACAGAAUGCUAAUUUUUCUAGGCGUCGCACGUCUUGGCCUUUGUGCAUUUUGCAUCGGAUGGAAGUUUUGAAAAGCAAAACGGAUUACUCUGUGAAUAGCAGAACUCGCCGUGGCCAUUGGCAACAGGUGGGAGCCACUAUGCGCAACAGUAUGUCUGCUUCAAGUUUUCUGAGUCUUGUUGAGUUUCGUUUCGAGUCGUGGGUCACCAAAUUUGCGACUCCCUACGACUCGAGUCCAAUUGUCUCCUAAUUUGUUGUAAAAAUAUGCCGCACACAAAUACUUACAUCUGACAACAAACAAGAAAUAACGUUUGCCAAAAAUAUUGAUUGUCGGAUACAAAGUACAGUGGUAUGAAAAAAUUUGGACCCUACCCAAACUCUACUUACUCCCCUGUAUGAAUACUAGAGUAGAUUUUGAGCAAAGUUGUGGGUUGUUGCAUUUAUGAAAUGGACAGCCCUAAUGUAACUUAAUUGUUUAACAUUAUUCUAAAGAAUAUGUUGAUACUAGUGACAAACUAAUUUUAAUUCACUGCAGAAAGAUGAAAAAUCUACAUCGUCAAUGACGCUAAGAAACUCGUGCAAAAAACGUGAAACCUUAGAGUUGAAAUGUUUGACCCCACACAAACGCACAAAAAAUAUCAAGAUUUGUUCUAUCAUUUUUUUUUUUGAUGUAACGAGAAGCAUGCUUCAAUAUAGAAUACAGGAAGGAGGGAAAUAUGUAUUCUAUAUCGAAAAUCCUGCACGUGCGCAGUCUUUUUCCUUUUAGAAACACUCACAGGAGACCUCAUUAAGCACACCUGCACAAUUUUUCACCCUCUUGAAGCUAUAAGGAAACUCAAAGUCAAUUCUGCUGUUACGUUCCGUGCAAGUGUACUUAACGCCGUCUCUAGUGGCUGGAUGUUGGUAGCGCAACCCUUUCCUUUGAAAGAGGAUUUUUUUGGAUUUCAAGUUCAAAGAUGUUUUCCAUCCCUUGUUUGAAUGCGUGAUCAUUUUUCUCCCUUGUUAAAUAACAAUCCUUGUAGAACUGAGGAUUACCCAUGUUGACAUAUCCCAAUAAUAAAUAUUGUAUUGAACAGCA